CUUCAGGGGAAAUGCAACAAAUGAAGAAACCCAAAACCUACCUUUUAGAAGGCAAGGUAUGGGACAUAUAAUGAUUUGCACCUUCUUUAAUGAACGUUGGUUUUGUGUCAGGGCGUUUAUUUAGACAAGGGAGAUUAGAUUACGUUUUAUUAGAUUACGUUUACUUUGAACUGGAAAAUAGUUUUUGCAAAACUAAUAAUCGAAGUGAUUGUUUUCUUUAGUUGAAAUGAAAUUCUUUUUUUUAAUUCUAAUACCUUUUUUAUCGAAAUGAAUUUUUUGAAUGGAAAUUAGAUGUUCAUUUAAAAAAGAAUUCUAAAUAGUACUUUCACGGCCGUUUUUUAAAGCGAAGUUAAAUUGUAAAUAGCAUUUUGUAGUUAGCUUUCUUAUCAAUAAAAGAUUAUUAUAUUAUUGUUAUCAUAAUCAUAAUCAUUAUUAUUAUCAGCAUCAUUAUCAAUAUUAAUAUCAAUAUCAUUAUCUUCAUCAUUAUCAUUAUUAGUAUUAUUAUCAUUAUUAUCGUUAUCAUUAUAAUUUUUAUUAUCAUUAUUAUUAUCAUUAACAUUAUCAUUAUUAUUAUAUUAAUGAUGGUAAUAAUUUAUCAUCAGUGGUAUUAUUAUUAUUAUUAGUAGUAGUAGUAGUAGUAGUAGUAGUAGUAGUAGUAGUAGUAGUAGUAGUAGUANAUAUACAUAUAGUAAAAUAAAAUCACACAAAAAGUCAUGCAAGAUAUUUGAUUUCAAGUCAAGGGAUUCUACGUUUUACGCUUCUUAUAUCUUGUUAAUGCAAUAGAUUUUGUGAGAAGUUGAGGCUUACACGCUACCUUUCCGAGACAGAGGAAUUCCACUCUGAAGCUAAGGAAGAAACCACUUCAGGACAAAUUGACCCACUCCUCACCCGUAAGGUUAUUUCAACCGAACAAAGUUACCCACACGUCACCUGUUAGGCUAUUUGAAACGAAGAUUUUCUCCACACCCCACCCCCUCAAAGACGGCAUUUGUAACUCUACGGUUGCUUCCGAAGUCAGUUUUGAAUUUCGCGGUCGAUGAUUUUGCUACGCGUCGGUUAUCGCAACUUUUGUUUUGCGAACAAUAGAGACAGUUUCCCCAAAACAAUGAAAAUGGCCAGGAAAGGAACGAAAAGGUUUGUAAUUGUCAACUCACAUUCCAUUUUACUUAAGAGCGACUGUCUGUAAAUAUCGACCAAAAUCGACUUUUUGUGGCACAAGUUCAAAAUUCGAAUUUCGCUCAUUUUUGGCUCAUCGAUAACCCUUGAUGAGUAAUGAAACAUGCUGUAGUUAGUUUUCCCAAAUAAGGUAUUCGAGAAAACUCAUUUUGCCCGUUCGGAGCUCAAAAUCCACUUCCGGUAAAGCGAAAUUUUACACAAAUUCCAUUGACUCGUACGUCAAACCACAACGAUUUGGCAGCCUUUGAAGAACACGAAUAGUUUUUAUGACCCUUUCUUUCUUAUAAGAAGAUAAAUUUGUGAAAGCUGUGAUAAGUUUGUGGCCAAAAAGGUAUUGUUAAAAAUAGGCCCUAUUGACAAUUUCUACCGUUCAAAAUUAUGGGGUUAAAAUAAUGUAAUUUUUUACAAUGCGCUAUAACUUAGAAUUUCGCAAAUUGACUUUCUACGGCUUAACUAGGCCCCAAUAUAUCAGAAAAUCGAAACAAAUCUCUGGGCAAACGAUUUUAAGUAGCCCGCAAGACGCCGAGUUCAACCCUAAUUUUGCGAAAAAUCGCGACAUUCCAGUGGUUAAAAAUAGCGUGACACGGCCUGUCACGCCAGCGGUGUUAACCACAGAUUCACUUUCAACAUUCUAUUCAACGCUGAUCACAUGCCAAAUUCCAGCAUACAAUCUAUAUUACAUCUUUCAAUACACUUAUCUUAUUUAGAAGAGUCAUUUUGUUUGGAUACAAUAUAUAGUGUAGAAUUGCCCAAAAGUCGCCUUUUUUGAGCGACGUCGGCAAGACGUCGACGACCGGAGCCGAACGAAAACAAACUUUGAACAAGUACAGUGGUGUGUUCUAUUAAUUUAAGCAUGCGUCAAAAGGCAUAAAUACGUUAAAUUUAAGACGGGGAUAAACAAUAUUAACUGAUUAGAACUCUUUUUUUUUCUUGCGAGUUUUCUAUUUCAAGUAAUUAUGUAUAAGUAUAAAUGUACGUUUCGAUGUAUUACUAUCACGCUUAUAAAGUUACUUUGUAACGAACGUUUCAGAAAACAUUUUAACUCGUUUUGAUCGACGAUGAAACACCAUCAUCAAAAACAAAUCAACAAAAACUUUCCUCUACAGCAAAACGGAAAAUAGAAAAAAAAGUGUCGUUUUACUAAUGCUAAAGCAGGAAUAGUUGCAGCGUGAUCAUGAGCUUUUAAAAAUGGCAAAUGCUCCUAAAUGGACAUCUAUAGAUCUAUUGCAUCGCCAAUGGAAAAAAACUCCCUGGCCCACUCUGAACUAGCCUAUUCCAGGCGUAGUGGACAGUGGACAGUGGACAGUGGAUAGUGGAUAGUGGAUAGUGGACAGUGGCGCGAAAUGGGGAACGGAGGAAAACAAACGUGGAAGAGAGUAAGAGGGAGAGAUUAGGAGGACCUAUCGCCCUCUCUCCCUAACCCCGCCCCUUUGCCAUUUUUUCUAGCCCACUUUUCUUUGCGUUUUCCCAACUACCUGAAGGCCUGUUACAGGUUAACUACGUCCUUCAUUUACAAAUAUUUAUGGUGUUUACCGUAUUUAUUCGAUUAACCGCCCUGGGCCCAGUUGCUCAAAGCAUGGUUAGCGUUAACCAGCGUUAAAUACCUUGACAACGUAUUGGUUUUGAUACUGCUUAACCAAUGGUUAAAGCUAACCAUGCUUUGAGCAACUCAGCCCUGGGCGCUUAUUAAUUUUUUGGACCUUGAGAGUGGGCGCUUAUUCGAGGUUGGGCGCUUAUUAAAUUUUCGCCAUUCUUAGCAUUCUUAGCAAGUGUAGUAUGUUAGUUUUUUUGCGGGGGUAAUAACAAAAAGCGGAGAUGUAACAAAGCAAGGUUUCUUUAAAAUGCUCUGAAGAAAACUCCGUCUUCGGGAGGGUCUCUCUAUUACUUAUUAUCUCUUAUUUGAGUUUGUGUGGGAGGGAGUGGGGUGGGUGUGGGCGCAUAUUAACUUUGCUGCCUUUAGGAUGGGCGCUUAUUCGAGGUGGGCGCUAAUUCGAGAAUGGGCGCUUAUUCAAAUAAAUACGGUAUUCAACUGGAGCGUCCAGCACUUUUGGCGCUUUGUUAUUGAUCAGCAGGAACGGAUUUGGUAGUACUAACUUUUCAACUGCUUUUAGAUUGCGAAACUUUUUUUUCUUUCUUGUUUUCUUUCUUUUAUUUUUUCUUUGUCAUUUUCUAUUGUAUUUUUUAGACUUAUUUUUCGAUUCUCUCCCAGUCUCACUCACCUCUCCCCUCCCCCGCCGUGCCCUCUCUGCUCCAGACAAGAGGGAACGACCAUUUUGUUUUGCUCCAGACCAUUGCCUCGACUAUUCCGCCUUCUUGGCUUACGCAAAAAGUACGGGCUGCUUUGUGGCCUCGAAGACUUUGCACUGAUUGACGUUUUAGUGUCAUGGAAACUCUAGCUGUAAUACUGAACUGCAGAUGACAGGUUUUAAAAGACUGAAAGUUCCUUUCAACAGCGUUUGGAAAGAGAACAUCGUCUUUUCCGCAAAAAAAAAAAAAAAAAUAAAUAAAAAUAAAAAUAGGGAAACAAAAUAGAGUAUAACACUUAACCUAAGAAGAACCUUGUAACGAACGAAGGGGAACACCUGAAAAGGAAAGACAGACUUGAGGACUUUCCUCAUCCUCCGUAACCUUAGUCUAUGAAACUUAGACGCCCAAGCAGGCUUCCAAAACCUUACCUUUGUCUUUGUCACAAACCGAAUACUAGAAGACUGAAAGCCUUAGUCCGCUUUACGUAAGUACCGUGUAGAUCUCCAGAAGAAUUGUUUGCAGCCGGCCCUGAAAACCCCAAGAGACUUCGCCUGCUGCUGGUCAAUAUAUAGGAAGGCUAUUCCAAAGAACAGCUCCAAAAAACUAUUUUUCUUAGCAUUUGUCUCGGGUAGAGGAAUAGCGAGUUUUCUGUUGGUGUCUCUUAAUAAGUAAUUAGAGAUACUGCAACGAUCUGCCCUUGCUACGAUCUAUUAUGCACUUAACAAGGCCCCUCAAAGUACUGGCGGCAGAUAGCGAUGAGAGGAAGCUUUAUCGCAGGCUCUUGGCAUCAAGGCUUUUCUACUAUUUACAUUGGUAAACCGGUCGCUUCACGGUUUGGGCAAAUGGUGAGGAGAAUUGAGGACUGAUUAAUUUUGAUUCCGUUCGGUAAUCGCGUUUACCAUUUUCCUAAGUCAGUUUCGUUUAAUGAAAAACGGCCGCGAAAGCCUGAAACUAAUAUUCAAAAAAGGUUUGAAGACAUGAAAUCCGAACUUCCGCCUGGAAAUUUCCAACCAGGAAAUAGGCGAUUGCUUUUUCAGACGUUCGUUUGUUUCAGGAAUUUUCCACUGAAACGUCGAAAGCAACCCGAAACUGAGUUUAUGGUAGGCCUGGCAAAGCACCAAAGAGUCCUCUUAGUUUGUUUUAAUGGGUCAUAGUCAUGCAGUAGCUUAAUAAUUCAUACGCGUUGUCAUACAAGUAUAUGCUCCUCUUGGGGCAUCCACGUAGCUUUUUUUUCAGUUUUGAGAGCCCGCAAGGGUAAAAACUUCGAAAAGAACUAUUGCACCAAUACUUGGUCUAAAAUAUUUUUAUUCUUUAAAAUUGCUUCAAGUAAAUUAGUUUUUAUAAACCAAAUGGCAUUGAUUGGCGAUGUUUUAAUUCGCAAAUAUCUCUCAAUGCAAAAAUUCAUUCAGUUAUCAGUUUUAGUUUUUAGAUUUUGUUCUGUUUAUAUACCAUUUUUUGAGGGAAAUCGCCAGUCUGAAACUCAAACAUGAAAGUGUGUGACGCUAUCCCGGGGACCCUAUAUUGAAGAAAAUGUUGCAAUCAAUGAGAAUAAUAGGUUUAGUAAAAGAUUUAAUUUCCAACUGGCUUUUAAUCAACCUUUAAGUAAAUUGUUUAAAGCAUAUCUAUCGGUAACAUUGGCGUGACGGGCCGUGUAACGCUAUUUUUAACCACGGCAAUGUCGCGGUUUUUUUUGCAAAAUUAGGGUUGAAUUCAACGUCUUGCGAGCUACUUAAAAUCGUUUUCCCAGAGAUUUGUUUCGAUUUUCUGAUAGACUGGGGCCUAGUUAAGCAGUAGAAAGUCAAUUUGCGGAAUUUAAAGUUAUAGCGCAUUGUAAAAAUUUGCAUUAUUUUAUCCCUAUAAUUUUGAACGGCAGAAAUUGUCAUAGGGCCUAUUUUUAACAGUACCUUUUUGGCCACAAAAUUAUUACAGAUUUCACAAAUUUAUCGCCUUAUGAUAAAGAAAGGGUCAUAAAAACUAUUCGUGUUCUUCAAAGGCUGCCAAAUCGUUGUGGUUUGACGUACGAGUCAGUGGAAUUUGUGUAAAAUUUCGCUUUACCGGAAGUGGAUUUUGAGCUCCGAACGGGCAAAAUGCGCUUUCUCGAAUUUUAACAAGAGAAUACGUUAUUUAGGAAAACUAACUACAGCAUGUUUCAUUACUCAUUAAGGGUUAUCGAUGAGCCAAAUAUGAGCGAAAUCAAAUUUUCAACUUGUGCCGACCGUGGGUCGAUAUUUACGGAAAGCCACUCUUAAGUUUUCUUGCCACUAUUUAUGAUCCCAUUGGGAAAGGCAAUCACACUGGUGACACGCGUAGCAAGACGUUUUACUGAUUAACGUUAUCGUUAUAUUACAUUAAACAUGGAAGGGCUUAUAAUCACUUUCUUGGUACUUCUUUGACCAUUCCGUCAGGUAAUUUAGCUUUUCGCGUUUUGGUUUGGAUACUUACGCACCAAUGCAUACUCCUGGCUUUUCUAGUAAAACAACAGUGCGUGGUUUAUAUUGCUUGGUCAGUAUCAACUCAGAGAGGGAAAACAUGACAUCAAUGACAACCUACAGCAAUAACAAAGCCUUUAAACCCCCUUUUUUCUUCCAUUUAGUAAUGCAAGUUUCCAGAAAACUAAAAUAUAAUGAAACCAAAAAGAAACCAAAACAAGCCCCUUUCUAUACUAAGAGUUUCCAUUCUUUUAUUGGAUUUAAGCAAGUGCCAGUGCUAAGGAUAAACAGGAUAUGAUUACAGAAUUGAAUGUUAUGAAGAGUUUGAAGCCCCACCCUCAUGUCUUAAAGCUGAUUGGAUGCUGUAGCCUCAAUGGUAGGUCAUGUUCUACAUCCUCUAAGUGUGAAAAACGUUGCAAAAAGAUAAGUUAAGAACAAUAACAACAAUCAAUCUUUUAUUGACUCACACUUAUGAUUAUUAAAAGAAAAAUGUUUACAAUGAGAUAACAAGGAAAAGUAAUUAUUUUAAAUAACUAUUUGAAGCCUAGAGGCUAAAGGAACAGUGAUUUUUUUUCUUUACGUUAAAAGCACCUUAAUAUUAUCCAGAGUCGCCAUGUUGGCACUUAGAGUCGUAAUUUGGACGAGCGCUAAUGGACGCUUGUGACCGCGCGAUAUAACGACAUAUGCUAAUUCUCAGAAAAGAAAAAAACAAUCAAAGAAACCAUACGUUUAUAGCAAUUAAAAGUAUGGGAAUAAAGCGGAGAAUAUUUUAAGUGUCACUAGGCUUUUAAACCAAACAAAACUGAAGUUAAUUAACAUUGGUUAGCAAAAAUGGUGAGUCGUCUGCUUCUAAAACCCAAGGAAGAUCGGAAAAUGAAUGGCAUAUCCGAAGAUCUGUGCACUAGAAUGAUGAUGAUGAUAAUGAUGAUGAUGGUGAUGAUGUGAGUAAUUGAGGGCAACGUGGGUGUACAGCUGGCAUCUUAGGACUCCACUUCAAGUGCCAUCCUUCUCAGUCUAAUGGGGGUCUUUAAUUUGCUUAAUUUGGAAUGUCUAGAGAUAAACUCAGGGAAGUAACUGAUUGCCUGAAAAUCACACCUCUACUCUCCUUUUCCAUUACAUUCACAUCCGUCAAUUCUCCAAACGAAAGGAUUGAUUCAUUGAAACUUUUAUGUGUCUAGAUCCUCUUCUGAUAGUCUUAGAGUAUUUACCAUAUGGUGAUCUACUGGGAUAUCUAAGGAAGAGUAGAGGGCAUUCAGACAGCUACAACACAGGAGAGAAAAAACCGGCAUCCAAGCUCACAGCCAAAGAUCUUUUGUCUUUCGCAUGGAUAAUAGCUGAUGGAAUGCAUUAUUUGGCGAAAAUGAAGGUAAGCUGAAGUAAUCUUGCGCUACUUUUUUUACUCCAUAAAUUGCAAGUACCACGUGAAAGCAUGAAAGGUAUUCCUAAUCGUUUGCCAUUUCUGAAGGCUAAGAUGAUUCCAGCCUUAAUGAAUGCUUAAAGCAACAUAUGGCGCGGCGUGAAGAAGCUGUAUAAGCUUAAUAAACGAAGAGCUAGUUCUCCAAAAAGCGGAAGUUAGUAACUUUUUUCUCCCUCUUGCUACAAGGCUGGAGGCUUCCAAAAUAGCAACGGCAAAAGCUGUAAGAAAAAACAAAUCUCAACGGCGAAAAUAUAAAUAUAAUUCAAGUUUCUCGAGCAAUGGAGGGGCAAAGCCCUAAAAGAUUGGAAGUUGCCACAGGGCGUAAAACAAGAAAAGGCAAUUUUAUAGUGCCCUUAACAAUACUUUUGAGAGCUUUAAGAGCAUUUAGGAUAGUGUGUACUGACUAGUAACUUGCCCCUGUUAUCGGGACUUACCGUAAGCAUGUCAGUAUGAAUUUGAAACACAGCUUUAUUCUUAAGAUUAGACCUACUGUACUCAUUAAUAACAAAUAAUUUUCAACCAAAAACAGAUAAAGACUAAGAUAGAAAGAUAUUGACUUUGCAAACGCCCUCUUUCCAAGGCAUUGCUUCAUAGCCAAAUUGUUUUUUUUUUUUUCUGUUUUUUGACCUGGUUGGUCGUGAUCAGUAAAAAAAAAAAAUAUUUAUCCGACUUUCACAAUUUUCUUCUUUUUUUUUUUUUCCAAUUUAUUCCUCUUAAAAAGGACGAGGGGUUUAAUUUCCCUUCUUGUUCGAAAAUCGAAGAAAACAAUCUAUUCUCCUCUUUCUCAUUCUGUUUUGUUUUGUUUGGUUGGUUGGUUGUUUUUGUUUUCACUACAAAGGCCAAAAUACGAUCAAUUAAAUUCAAUUUUGACUGCCUAGUGAGUUUUCAUUUUCAUUUUAAUACUAUUAUUACUCCCAAAGGUUAGCCAGCUCGGGCUACAACGAUCGAAGGUGAAAACGCUUUUGCUCCAGCGCUGUGCUUUGCGUACGUUUCACGUGACAGUAGGUCAAAACACGCGUGAUCAAAUUACGAGUGAUAGAACGUCUAAACGCGCGUGAUCAAAGUGCGUUCUGUGCAUUCCAUACAUUCUUAGUGGAAGUCCAAACGAAUGCUGGCUAUAUACAUAGGACGCAUGCGUAAUAACAACUUGGAGAUUAGAACUGCGGGCUCCUCUUGUCGCCUGCAAUGAUAAUAAUAAAGAUAAUAAUUAUUAUUAUUACAUUUUUUAAUGUUAUAACUUUCAGGUCGUUCACCGUGAUUUGGCUGCUCGCAAUAUUCUUGUUGGCGAAAACCAAGUGUGCAAAAUUUCUGACUUUGGACUUGCGCGUGAUGUGAAUGAUGGCAUUUAUAUGCGGACAUCACAGGUAGCGUUUUCACUUAAAUCUUUCAGAGCUCCCAUUAAAGGAAGGAUACUCCAAUAUUUAUUUUUUGUUUUGUCUGUUUCGAUAUUGAUUGGGUAGGGUAAAACGUUCAUUAUUGGUUGUUCAUUACAUUAAUUUCUAAUAAUUUCCUUCUUUUCUUGAGAAAGGCCCGUCUUCCAGUCAAGUGGAUGCCUCCAGAGUCUCUCUUUCGCGGAGAAUGCAGCUCUAUGAGUGACGUGUUAGUAAACUUUUCACCUUUCACGUUUUCAUUCGGAUCCCUAAACUGUUCCUUAAACCCGCACUUACAUGUUUUAAAUGUAAGGAAAUAUCUUCCUUUGCAUGGUGCAAUGGCAGAGUUUUACUAAGUGUGUUACGUUGAUCAGUUAAGGGCUGUGGCCUUUAUGAGGGGAUGUCUGUGUCAGCUGAAGGUGUACUGAUCAUACCGUUUCUGUGAUCAAACAGCACUGGACUUGUAGCUCGAUGUUCCCGAAUUCAAGUACCGCUUUUGUGACCGUUAGCUGGAUUUAUUCUCGAUAGUCUCGAGUUCACAUUUUCGGAAACGCCCUAGUAAAAUAGCCGGUUGGUUCAGCUGCCCUGUACUAGUUGGGAUCUUUAACCUUGUUACCCUAAAAAGGCCCAUAAGGGUAGAGGAUAACAAAGUAUUUAUUUAACAAUUAAUGAAUGAGGCUGAGUCUCUUAUGAAGAAUUAUGGAGAUCGAGGGGGCAGGAGGGUUUUACCCGUCGAGGCCGUAGGCCAAGGUGGAUAACACUCUCCUAGAUCUCCAUAAUUCUUCAUAUGAUACUAAAGCCGAAUUCAAUAAUUGUUUUAUUAUUCAUUCAAAAUAAUUCCUAGUUUAAAAACCUAGCUAAAACAUGCUUACCUCCAUCGAUGUUAAGUUUAUCUUCAAUAGUGCACAUUUAGGGUUGUUCAGCUCCUCAAAUAUUCCCCUAAUGGCAGAUGUCGCCCUUCGAGUUGUCUUCUUGCUCUUCUUGCCAUGUUUUUAGCUUUUAUUUCGCCUAGUUCUUACUCUUGAAACGAGUGAAAUGUCCGCCUUUUUUGUUUUCACAACCAAAACAUCAACAUCAUCGGUUGAUUAAUCGCAAAAUUCUUCCAAAUUUGGUCAUCAGUAGCUGGUUACGGUGAAUUAUGCGUGUGAUUUUAGCCAAUCAGAAUCGGGGAAAUAUUUCGAAUGAAUAAUAAUAGUUAUUAUUAUAAACUAUACUGAAAAAUAUAUAGAAUCAAAGCGAAGUAUUCAGCACUAGUAGAUUCCCCCGCAAACUUAGAAUUUUGUUGAGCUUAAUAUCAUUAUGAGAACAUUCUCACACCAUCAGUGAUGGAUCUAGGAUUGAGUAAUUGUCAUUGAUAUAACCGAUCCAUACCUAAAACAGCUGUUUAGUGAUGCGAAUAACAAUAAUAUCAUAUACAUGUAAUAAAACCGUUGCAAUGAAUAGAACUACUCUUAUGGCCACAUUUAUAUGAAAACAAACAACAACAGCACCAAAAGAAUCUGCUCCUAUUUUGCUUUCCUUUUGCAGGUGGUCGUAUGGAAUUGUCCUGUGGGAGGUUUUCACAAUUGGUAAUUGACUACGGAUUGAUUGCUGUAACAUUAGCUCAAUUCCUCGUCGAAGAAGUAUAUAGUCUAGUUAAUAUAAUUAACGAGUUUCGUUUUUGUUUUUUUGUUUUUGUUUUUACAGGAGACUCGCCGUACCCACGCUUCAAGGCCCGAGAAGUAGCGUCUUUGCUUGAAAGGGGGUAUCGAAUGCAGCGGCCGGUCCAUAUCUCUGAAGAACUGUGAGUUUUACGAUUAUUAUUGUCGCUAUCGUUAUCGUUAAUGUUGUAGUUACCAUUAAUGUUUUCGUCAUCGUUUAUUAUUAUUAUUAUUAUUAUUAUUAUUAUUAUUAUUAUUAUUAUUAUUAUUUUUAUUACUCUCAUUAGAUAGAUAGAUAGUUUAUUUAUAUAACUUUGCGACCCAAGAGUUGUAUUAAGUCAUAUUUACAGACUAGAUCUACCAAUGCAACAAAUUCUUAAAUACCUAAAAUACUUGCAUUAAAAAAUAUUGUUCUCUUCUCUAAAAUGUCGAGCCUAAACUUAUAUCUUCCCAGUGAGAAAUAUUUGUUAACUUAUUGGAUUGGUUACGAGGGUAGAUAGAUUGUUGUUUUGACAAGUGAGAGGGUACGAUAAUUCAAUGAAUGGAAUCUGUGCCAGAAUAGGCCACUUGCAUGAUGCCGUCAUUUUACUACUAUGACCAGGAUCCUUCAGGGUUUUGCUUUCUUGUGCAAAUUAGGCCUUUUGUUAUUUAAACCUCGCUGGGAUUGCCAAAUUUACAUGUGAAAGGAAAAACGAAAAGAAUUCUGGUCGUAGUAGUAAAAUGACACCAUCGUGCAAAUGGCCUAUUCACUUUUUUAUUUAAAUAUGCAUCGAGGCGAGGAGUCCGUAUAACAAUAAGAGUCAACAGGAGGUGAUACUUCACUGCAUAAAGAAAUCGUUCAUUUGUUUUUGCUUUAUAUUUUUGGCUUCCUUAUAAAUUGACUGAAUUGUUCCUUGAUAUGUCAGAUGAUGAAAGGAUAAAUUACACGAGUAAAAUCCAACUAGUGGUCUAUUAUAAUUAUCAAUGCUGCGUUCUGAUUGGUUGAGCUACUACUAGGCUAUAUGUUAUAGCCCGCUAGUACAGAAAGCGCUGGCUCUUUUGGGGGAUCAGGGAUUUAGUCUAGCUUAAACUAGCUAAACUUGUUUUGUCGCGAUAUUUUUGACCAACUAGUUGGAUUUUACUAAAACAAUUAUUCUUCUCGCCCUCAUUGCUUCUGAGUCAAUAGCCCAUUCGGCCUUACCCUGCGAGCAGAGGCCCUUCAAUCUUCCUAGAUCUAGGAAGAUCAAAGGGCCGAUGCUCGCAAGGCUAUUGACUAAGAGCCAAGAGAGAAUUCCUAGUCGGUACAAGGAUAAUAAUAAUAAUAAUAAUAAUAAUAAUAAUAAUAAUAAUUAUAAUAAUAAUAAUAAUAAUAAUAAUAAUAAUAUCAUUAUUAUUAUUAUUAUUAUUAUUGUUAUUAAUAUAACAAGGAUAAUAAUAAUAAUAAUAAUAAUAAUAAUAAUAAUUAUAAUAAUAAUAAUAAUAAUAAUAAUAAUAAUAAUAUCAUUAUUAUUAUUAUUAUUAUUAUUGUUAUUAAUAUCUUUUUUGGUGAAAAAAAGGAGGAAAAAAUACAGUUCUGCUACUUUCAGAUACUCCAUUUUGACUGAAUGCUGGGCUCAGAAUCCUAAAGAGCGCCCUUCAUUCCAAUGGAUCUGUGCUGCUGUUAAGAGAUUAACCAAAGAUCAAAAGGUAUAGAGAGGCCUAAUUAGAUUACCUGUCAAAUGAUCUACAGUAAUCCUUGCAAUGGCCUUCAGAAAGUGGCCAUUGUAAGGAAAAAGAACAAUUCAAAAAAAAUUUCUUCCAUACUCAGAGACCAGUUUUUUUAGUUGCCCAUGUUGUUACCCUAUUCUUGAUUAACAAAACGGACACUUUCUAUAUCCCCCCCAGAUUUGAACAACAUAAUUCUUUUUUUUUCUUUGUUUUAAAAAGUUUAUUAUUAUUUCAAAAGUAGGUUGAGUUUAUUUCACAGUUUAUUAUUAUUAUCAUCAUCAUCAUCAUCAUCAUCAUCAUCAUCAUCAUCAUCAUCAUCAUCAUCAUCACCAUCAUUAUUAUUUAUUUAAUUAUUUAUUUUUAACAGGUCCACCUCAACCUGGAUGAGUAUAAUGAUGAAGAUUAUGUUAAUUUUGAUAUGAUUGACGAGAGGAUUUAA